AUGGCGAGAAAGAAAUCCCACAAACCCAAGGGCGAGACGAGAACGUCUUUCAUGUUCCCGUCACUCCACCAGGCCGUGGCCAACGCGGUCUCCGACCAAAUGGCCGUUCCCUGGUUCUGCGAAAUCGACAGCGAUAGAGGCGCCCGCAACAAGUGGACCAUCCACGUCAUGGGCAGGUUCCGAUGCAGGAACACCUGUGGCACGAACGGCUGGAGUAGCAAGAAGGUGGCGAUCCUCAUCCGGGGCUACGACCUGAACGGGUACAACGCCGUGGUGUUCAACCAGCGGUGCCGGACCUGCGAUCAAUUGGGGACUCUGACGCUGGACGAGAAUUCAUACGUCGAACGAGUCGCCGACCGGAUCCAGAUCUGGGCGGGCGUCCAAGUACGGCGGGGACGCCAUCCGACGUCGAAGCCGAGCAAGCCGCACGAGAGGGCUCUUUGCGAGGGUUGCAAGAGGGGCGUUUGUCGACAGACGGAUGGCUGGGAGGAAGACUAUUACUGA